UUGGGAGAGUAUUAUCUCUGCAUUAACUUCAGGACUGUCGAGGAAUUCUGCCCACGCGCCAUUUACACCUCAGGCAAGGCUUCUUCAGCUGCUGGUCUUACCGCUGCAGUAGACGAGGAAUCGUUUGAAUUUGUUAUUGAAGCUGGCGCACUUAUGCUGGCUGAUAACGGCGUUUGUUGUAUUGAUGAGUUUGACAAGAUGGAUCCCAAAGAUCAGGUUGCUAUUCACGAGGCUAUGGAACAGCAAACAAUCAGUAUCACGAAGGCUGGUGUCAAAGCCACACUGAAUGCUCGAGCGUCCAUCCUUGCUGCAGCCAACCCGGUCGGAGGGCGAUACGAUCGUUCGCGUCCUCUCAAGCACAAUGUGCAGCUUUCUGCCCCUAUUAUGAGCAGAUUUGACCUGUUCUUUGUGCUAGUGGAUGAAUGUAACGAGGUUGUAGAUUAUGCUAUAGCUCAUCGCAUACUUGAAAAUCAUCGUGCGAUAUCUGCUCAUCGUGUUCGUGAAACGAAAUAUUCUACCGAUGAUAUCCAAAAUUCCAUCACAGUUUUACCAACACAGAUAAGUCCGGAAGCUGGUGAAGCUUUGGUAGCCGCAUAUAAGCGUCUGCGCAUGAGCGAUAGUAACAAUGCCGCAACUUCUUCGUGGCGGAUAACUGUUCGUCAACUUGAGUCAUUAGUACGUUUGUCUGAGGCACUGGCUCGUCUCCAUUGUGCUGCGCAGGUGAGCGUGGAGCACGUAAAUCAAGCGUCGAAAUUGCUCAAUAAGUCGAUCAUUAGGGUGGAACAGCCAGAUAUUGCUCUUGAUGAUGAUUUCGAGAUUGAGACAGUAAUGGAACGAGAUGAAGACAAGGAGAACGAGGGCGAAGCUAUGGAAACGGACUUGUAUGGAAAGCAAGCAAAAUUGAUCAUCUUGAAUCCGCGAGAUGUUCAGGUUGAUUCUUCCAAGUUGAAAAUUACUUUCGAGAAGUAUAAACGCCUGGCUGAUAUGCUUGUUCUUCACAUGAGAUCUGAUGAGGAAAGUGUUGACGAGGAAGAGUAUGAGGGAGUGCGACAGGACUCACUAGUUGAAUGGUCAGUACUUCUUUUCAACUUACUGUGGUUAGUGGGCUCUGCAAGGAUUAAUAAUCUUGUUCAAAUCACUGCAUUCCUACCCAUAAGAACAGCCCUAGAUAAUAUAGACGCUACCGCACAGGUGCUUGGCCGGUAUUUGGAAAUGAUCGAAAGUGAUUUGGAAUCAGAAGAGGACCUAAACAUCCAGCGCACCGUUUGCCAGCGAGUCAUCCGUCGGCUUGUCACUGAAGAUCACGUCCUAAUUGAAAUGGAUUCGGAUGAAAAGAACCCUUUGCUUUGCGUUCAUCCUAAUUAUGUUGUUACUGACCAAUAGAU